GCAAGGGUGGAGCCAACAGCAAUGUAGGAUGUAUCGACUGAGAGGAUCACUGGGGCCAGGGACGUGUAGUCGAGAGGACGGAGCGCCGACAAAUGGGACGUCUUUUCGGGUCAGCGAUACGAGAGGGCUUGCCCGGCGUGCAAAAUCACGUAUGAACAUUCGUACCACGCCAACCGUGCCAAGGAAAGCACGGACUUCGGACAGAUCACGGCACGGUCCCCAACUGGCUAUCUUCUCGACGCGGGAGGGGUCAGGGAUGCGCCCUUCGUACGUGCAGACGUGGCCAAGGACGGUGAUCGUUUCGGCGCAUAAAAUGGCCUUGGGCCCAGAAAAGUGCUCCCAGACAAAUCGUCGAAUCCCCGGAUUGUCUGGAAUGACCUCGUACCCGCCGCCGGGGAGCUCGUAACGGGUGGAUGGUCCACGGACUGGGGUGUCGUCGAUGUAGGGAAUUGUGAAGUGAGGGAUUUCGGGCUGAAGGAUGAAGGUAAACUGAGAUCAAGGAUGCCGCCACAUGCGCGGCCCGCAAACUGCUCGGCAACUUGAUCGGUGAGUGGUGGAACACCCGAGUGCUGAAUGGUGACCGCGUUUAGCGGCUCGAGACUGUGCACAAGACGGAGGCUGCUGCCGUCCUUCUUUACCACGCAGAACCAGCGCGACCGGUAUGAUGAAUUUGACGAUGCCCGGUGGAACGGGAAUGUUGCGCUGGACCCAUGGCUUGUGUGGGACCACUGGCAUGAUCACGGGGUGAAAGAAGUCGACACAUGAAAUGGUGCAUUAAUCGUCGUUCCUCGGGCCACAGGAAGUCCCCGGGAUGAAGGGAGUCGAUGAUAUCGUGGCGCUCUGAGGUAUAGCGGCCAGUCGGGACAAAUGGAGGAGGAUGGGGAUCGAGGGUAGGAAGGGAGGCAAGUGGAUCACCCCGUAUUUCACGGACAAUUCGAAAGUGCUCGGGUAGAGUACCAAGGACAGGGCGCACUUUUUGCGCUACCGGUUUGUAUCGUUUCUUGGCAAACACGUCGACAUGGGAGGCGGCAUAAGGAUUGGACGCAGAUGUGGAUUGGUCAUAGAGAGGGACAGACACGUCGUAUGGAGUGAAGAUAGCUGGCGAUGCGAACGGCAGAAUGAACGGGGGAGUUGAAUCCCCCGGUGGGGACUCGGACCCCGCAGUAGAUAACGGUUGUGCGUUUGAGUAUGCAUACUGCAAUUUUUC